CAAUGAGGGAGCACUUCACAUUUAAUACCAAACAAAGGCAAACCACUAGUCAAACUACACAAAUCCACCUAACCCUGCAACUCUCCUUCUCUGUAACAUCUCGUGCGUGUAUCCUCCACAACCACCUAUCUUUCCUUCAUUCUCCCAUUGCUAAUAAAUCCCUUUCUCUCCAAUUAUUCUCCACGCCUACACCAUUACCAAUUCUCUGUCCCUUGCUUUCUUCACAUUUUCGCACUUGAUCAUUCUUGCAGCAAGAGAAAGAUGGCCUCGGAAGUUGUUACUGUCGUGGACGACAUACAGUUCCCCAAAUCAGUUACUCCUUCUCCCUCCUCCAAGCCCUUAAACAUCGUUGGAUAUGGAAUCACCGACAUAGAAAUCCACUUCCUGCAAAUCAAAUUCACGGCCAUUGGCAUCUACGUGGAUUUCGAAGUGGCUUCCCAUUUGCAGGCGUGGAAAGGAAAGACUGCGGCCGAGAUUUUGGCAGACGAUUCGUUCUUUGAUGCCCUCCUCCAAGCCCCUGUGGAGAAGUUUAUCAGAGUGGUGGUAAUAAAAGAGAUCAAGGGGUCACAGUACGGUCUGCAGCUGGAAAACGCGGUUAGAGAUCGUUUGGUGGCUAUCGACAAAUACGAGGAUGAAGAGGAGGAAGCAUUGGCUAAGGUUGUGGAGUUCUUCCAGGGCAAAUAUAUGAAGAAAAAUUCGGUCAUCACCUACCAUUUCCCAGCAAAUGCCAAAACCGUUGAGGUGAGUUUCAUUUCGGAUGAGAAGAAAGAGGCCAAAAUCACUGUGGAAAAUGCUGAUGUGAGCGGCAUGAUAAAGAAGUGGUAUUUGGGUGGCUCCUCAGCUGUGUCAGCCUCAACCAUUACAUCUUUCACAGAAGGCAUUGCUCCCCAGCUUAAAUAGAAAGAAUGGAUAAUUAAAUGUUAAGCCCUGUGUUAACCAGGUAAGAGGCUAAGUGCUUUCCGAGGAUGGUGUUGUGGGAUCACCUUAGUAAGUCUGAGUUAGGUAGGUCUGCCGGCAUGAGACUCAUUGGCAGUGGUAUCUUUUGUGAGCAGAUGAAUGAAUAAAAAUAAAAGUAAAAAUAUUUUGAGGGAGAAAGUAGUUUCGGUUUGUUAUGUUUAAAGAUAAAUUAAGUUGAUUUACGAUUUCAGAUCAAUUCGUUGGUGCUGAGUGUUCUGUUUUUUUAAGACAAGUCAAGAUGCGACCAUUAGUUUC